AUGUUGAUUGCAAGAGUCCGUCAUACUAAAUGUUUUGUCAGAGUUCAAAAAGGUUCUACUAAUUAUUCCAAAUUGGUGUCCAAUGUCAUAGCAUUUGAGAAUCCCAUUCCCAAAAUAUAUGACACUUUACCUCCCCCCAGAGAAGAAAUUGAGGAGGUACUAGCUGUCAUGUUUUCAGGUUCUACAAAGCCAACCCAAGAUGAUUAUGCCUGUGCUCUAUUGCUUGUGCGCCGCAAUGUUGUUGCCAAGGCACUCCAAGUCUUGAUACUCAAUCAUUUUGACUAUAAUGAUGUUGUAUUUUCAUCAGCUAAUCUGGAUAGCUAUGCUGAUAAUGUUCCAAUUGUUGCCAUUGAAUAUUUCCAGAAAGGUUCUAAUAGAAAUGCUGAAGGUGUUAGUGUACAUGAUGAUUUGAAUGAUGAUGGUACUGAGGAAGGUACUUGUGUCUUCACUGUUCAUGGAAUAGUUGGUCCUUCAAUAAAAAAUAUGACAAGGGACCAAAUGAUUGGUAUUGCAGCUAUGCAUCUUGAUAAUGAAGGCAAAUUUAUGCGCACAUUACAUGCUGAAAAUCCUGAAAGUCUGUGGAAUAAUCCUCAAUUGUAUCCAAAAAUGUUUCCUUGGCUUUUUCCCUUUGGACUUGGAGGCAUUGGUACUUCAAAUAUUAAAUCAUUUUCAGAAUCUUCUCAUCUCAACUUUUUACUCUUAUAUCAUGACAAGUGUUUCCAGCUUGAUCCAAAUUUCCCAUUAAUUGCUUUCAAUCAUCAACAAGUCAAAGCCAGCAGUUCACAGUCCUACCUUCUUGCUGAGUCUAAUAAAUUUGAUGAAGUUAGUAAUCGAUUUUUGUCUAUUGAUAAGUCUGUUUUACAAAAUAUUGCAACCCGUAUGGCCAAUGGUGAGCAUGUCAAGCCAGCCAAUGAUUCAGAAAUUCAAUGUUUUAGGCUAUUAGGUGAUUUGAGUCAUGCUGGUGCCAAGACACAAGUGUGA